AGUCAAAGAAAGAAACGAAGCAGCUGCAUUCAGUCUUCCACGUCUCCGUCUUCCCCUCUGUGGCUUGUAGAGUAGAAUUGGAGAAGACAGUAUUCUGCAGGGAAACAAAAAUGGCAAUUCCUUUAGCAAAUGGCUUAAGAGCACUCUUCUCAGUGUUGGGCUGUUUAAUGGUGGCUACUCUCAUCUACACCAUCUACGUCGAUGGCUUCCCAUUUCGCAGAGACCUCCUCACCCCGUGGAUGGCCGCUACUUUAGUUGAUUUCUACAUCAAUAUUAUAGCUUUAGCGGCUUGGAUUUCCUACAAGGAAUCGAACUUUAUUACUGCAACAGUUUGGAUAGUUCUGCUAAUAUGCUCCGGAAGCAUUGCAACGUGCGCCUACAUUUUUAUUCAACUUCUCAAGUUGUCGCCUGAAGAAUCUUUGCAAGACCCGCUGUAUCAUGUACUAUUGCGGCACGAAAACAAACUUACUUAUAGGGGUGUGGAACAAAAGACAAAACAAUCUGCUGUUGUGACUGCAAGGAUUGCUUUCAGCAUUCUGGGUCUUCUGAUGCUGGGAACUUUGAUUUACACUUUAAUAACUGAUGGUUCUCCUUUUCGCAAAGAGCUUCUUACUCCUUGGAUGGUUGCAACACUAAUUGACUUCUAUAUCAAUGUCGUGGCUCUUUCGGUUUGGGUUGCCUACAAGGAAUCAAGUUGGAUCAGUGCAUUCUUAUGGAUAUUGCUAUUGAUUUGCUUUGGGAGCAUUACUACUUGCGCCUACGUCGUCAAACAGCUGCUGCAGCUUACUUCUCAAGAUCCAGUUUACUUGAUCUUAUUCAAUAGAGGCAACAGUUAUGUGUCCAUGGUAGGGCAGAAAACAGGUAUGAAAGGACGUGAAACUCAUCUAGACGACAGGAGUUGACGGACAUGAAGCUUAUAUCCCAUUCUGGUGGGCACAUGUCUUGGACUUUUAUGACAGGGUGACUGCUUAUGAAUGACGCGAACAAUUGUAGACAUAUUCAUAAAUUGAAUCAUGAUUGUACUACAAAAUUACAAACCAGAAUUUAUAUUUGUAUAAACCUCGUGAAUUGUUACUU